AUGUCCCCCGGCAGCUCCCAGGCACCCCCCAGCAAUGGGACCCCGGGGCCUUUCGACGGCCCCCAGUGGCCCCACCAGGCCCCGCGGAGCAUGUACACGUCGGUGGCCGUGCUGAUGAGCAUCGUGGUGGUCUGCGCCUCGGUCGUGAACGGACUGGUCAUUGUGGUUUCCAUCCGGUACAAGAAGCUCCGGUCCCCCCUGAACUACAUCCUGGUGAACCUGGCCCUGGCCAACCUGCUGGUGACGCUCUGCGGCAGCUCCGUCAGCCUCUCCAACAACAUCAACGGCUUCUUCGUGUUCGGCAGACAGAUGUGUGAGCUGGAGGGCUUCAUGGUCUCCCUGACAGGCAUCGUGGGGCUGUGGUCGCUGGCCAUCCUGGCGCUGGAGCGGUACGUUGUGGUCUGCGGGCCCCUGGGAGACUUUCGGUUCCAGCACCGGCAUGCUGUGGGCGGCUGCGCCUUCACGUGGAGCUGGUCGCUGCUGUGGACCACCCCGCCGCUGCUGGGCUGGAGCAGCUACGUGCCCGAAGGGCUGAGGACCUCGUGUGGGCCCAACUGGUACACGGGCGGCAGCAACAACAACAGCUACAUCUUGGCCCUGUUCGUCGCCUGCUUCGUGCUGCCCCUCGGCCUGAUCCUCUUCUCCUACACCAACCUGCUCAUGACCCUGCGAGCGGCUGCAGCCCAGCAGAAGGAAGCCAACACCACGCAGCAGGCGGAGAGGGAAGUGACACGAAUGGUGGUCGUGAUGGUGAUGGCCUUCCUCAUCUGCUGGCUGCCCUACACCACGUUUGCCCUGGUGGUGGCCACCAACAAGGACAUCAGCAUCCAGCCGGCUCUCGCCUCUUUGCCCUCCUACUUCUCCAAGACAGCCACUGUGUACAACCCCAUCAUCUAUGCCUUCAUGAACAAGCAGUUUCAGAGCUGCCUGCUGAAAAUGCUGUGCUGCGGUCACCGUCCCCAGGGGACAGAAAGAACCAUGCCAGAGACACCCGGGCCCCGCGCAGGCGUCGCUAUGAACAAGGUGACGCCGUCACACCAUGUGUGA